AUGACUUCCAAAGAUGGUGAAGCAUUGAGUUUGGCACAACGAACUGCCUCUGAUCCAAGCGAUGAGAAGACCCCGAAAAUACAAGAUGGAGAGGCGGAAGACGCAGCUAUGAUAGCGGCGUUGCAAGACUACGUGCCGGGUACGGUGGCAGAGAAACGUUUGGUCCGAAAGAUCGAUUUCAUCUUACUCCCAAUCCUUUGGUGGAUGUACAUACUUGCCCAUCUCGACAGGAGCAACAUCGCCAACGCCAACGCGGCGGGCAUGAGUGAGGACCUUGGCCUAUCGGACAAUCAAUAUGCAAUGCUGGUAUCGCUCUUCUUUGUGGCCUACGUCAUCUUUGAGGUUCCUUCGAACAUGAUCCUGAUGAAAGUGAAACCGUCGAUCUAUUUGUCGACCAUUGUAUGGGUUUGGGGAUGCGUCGUUCUCGGGAUGUCGCAGACAAAGAGCGCAACAGGACUCCUCAUUGGCCGUUUCUUCCUAGGCGCAAUCGAGGCAGGACUGUACCCGGGCGCGUUGUUCAUCCUGACCUGCUGGUACACGAAGAAGGAAGUCGGCAAGCGCUUUUGCAUCUUCUACACCUCCGGCUGCGUAUCGCCAGCGCUGGGUGGGAUUAUGGCGGGUGCCGUGAUUUCUAGUCUGGACGGUGCUCGUGGUAUUCCGGGCUGGCGAUGGUUGCUCAUAAUCGAGAGUAUCAUUACCAUCGCCUGUGGCUUUGGGCUGUACUUCAUUCUUCCCAAUUGGCCGAUCGAAUCGAAGAUGCUUUCUCCGGAGCAACGCCUUCUUGCUCACGUCCGCAUCCUCCGCGAUCGAGACCAGUCCUGGGAUACCGAUGAGGCCGCUCUCACACCCUUUCAAGCUUUUCUUGCAGUGGUUAGAGACGGGCGAACAUAUCUGUUCAUGAUCAUCUACACCUCGAAUUGUCUGGCCUUGACUGUUUCGUACUUCAUUCCGACCAUGCUUCGAGGAAUGGGCUACACGAGCACCAGUGCCCAGUGGAUGACGGUACCCAUCUGGAGUUGCGGUGCUGUGUUUCAAUUGUUCUGGUCCUGGACUUCUGACAAAACCCAAGACCGUAGAUGGCACAACGCUGGAUUACUUACCUUCGCAGGCAUUGCUACAUUAGUAGCCCUCCUUGUCAGCAACAAUAGAGUCAAAUAUGCCAUGUUGUGCCUUCAGACUGGCGCGAUGUACACAACAGUACCCCUGAUUCUCAACUGGACGAGCGAAGUCAUGUCCCAGCCAACACGCAAGCGAUCCAUAGCCAUCGCGUUGGUCAACUCUUUCGGUCACACGAGUUUUAUAUAUGGAAGCUUUUUGUGGCCCAGCGCUGAGGGACCACGCAACUUGAAGGGAUUUGCCGUAUCGACUGCCGUUCUGUGGCUUGGCGUGUUGAUCGCUGCAUUGAUGCCAGUGGUUGCAGCCUAUCUACCGAAGCCGCAGUCUGAUGGAAUGUUGCGCGGACAUGAGGUCCACACUGCUGACAGCGACCAGCUCGAGAAACGGGAUGAGUAAUCUGAAACGGACCGAAAAGCAUACGGGAAGUUGCGUUCGAUGGAAAAUGAGGCGAGGUAUGGUAGCGAUGGUGGGAGGGAGAGGUUUGAGGACGGGGGUCAGCGACGUCUCAUGGUCCGAGCUUCUCAAGGUUUCGCGGAACGCGUGUCG